CGCCACAUGUUGUCUCUGUUGGCAUACUCUCACUCUCUAUUUCCUCUCUUCCCUAAUUUAUUUAAAUACCCACCUUUCUUCUAGUUGCCGGACACGCGUCAACCUAAUUUCCCCGCUGCAACAAAGAAGCUAAUAAAAAGAUUUUCAAAACAUAAGCUCUUUUUUUAUUUUUAAUUUAUUAUUUUCUUUGAUUCCAAACACAACUUUUUUCUUAUUUCUUUAUUCUUAUUUAGUUUGGUUUCCAUAACAAAUUCGCAAUCUCAGCAACAAUUUUUUUUAUUAAUAUUUAUUUAUUUAUUUAUUUUUUUUAUAAUUAAUAAUUUUUAAUCCUACAAUCCCUAUCUCAUGGAUUUCUCGUUGAAGAAAUCGUUUAAAUCACAUGGUUCUUAUAAGCAAAUGUUAAAGAUCGGUGGUGGCAUAGGUAACGACCACCAUAGCCACGACGACCCAGAAGGGCUUCCCAUUCUUUUUGAUCAGGACGUAGCGGUAGCAGAGCAUCAUCCUCAACAACAUCUAGAUUCAAUGUCCUCCGCUGCCGUCGCCGGCGAUUCCAAUAACCGGCGGGAGGUUAUCGUCAAAAUAGACGACGGCGAUUCUUCAACCAGUAGUAGAAACAUGGAGCAGCAGCAGCAGCAGCAGUCAAAGAUAUGGCGGGGUUCAAGCUACGAGUUCUGGAAAGAGGAUGACAACAAUGUGAGGGAUGGUAAUAAAGACGAUUUUCGUUUCGUUCAACGAGGUCAGUCGUCGUCGGCGUCGGCGUCGCCGGAUGAUCCGCCGUCGAAGCUUAUCGGUCAGUUUUUGCAUAAGCAGAAGGCGUCCGGCGACAUGUCGUUGGAUAUGGAUUUGGAGAUGGAUGAGCUCCGCCACGAGCGGAAUUUGCCUCCGCUCGCAGAGUCUCCGGCGAAGAGGAGCUCUUUCGGUCAGUCGAAGGAGCUCAAGGUUUCGUUCCAGCCGACGACGACGGCGGCUUCGAAUGACGACGUCGAGAUUCGUCUCAGCGAGUCGGUACGUCGCCGGAAUAAGGACUCCACGGAGGAGGAUAGCAGCGGUGGUAGUGGUAGAGGUAAUGGUGACGAUGAGGUCGUGAGGUGUACGUCAAACGCAGCGUUUGAGCGCGAGGUUUCGUUUCAGAGCAAGUCCAGUUUGUUAAGGCUGAAGAAAACCAAGUCUAGACUGAUCGACCCGCCGGAGGAACCCGAAAAUAGAGCGAGUCGGGUUCCGAAAUCGGGUCAGGUGAUGAAAUCGGGGCAGCUUAGAUCCGGGAUGCUGGGUAAUUGGCCUUUGGAUGACGAUGACGAUGACCCGUUCUGGGAAGAUGAUUUACCGGAUGACUACAAGAAAGCUAAUCUAAGCGCAUUGACACUGCUUCAAUGGUUGAGUUUGAUUGUGAUCAUUGGAGUAUUCGCCUGCACUCUCUCUAUACCCUUUUUGAGGCGUAAGAACUGGUGGAAAUUGAAGCUGUGGAAAUGGGAGGUGUUGGUUUUGGUUUUGAUUUGUGGGCGUUUGUUUUCCGGGUGGGGGGUCCGGAUCGUAGUGUUCUUUAUAGAAAGGAAUUUCCUUCUGCGGAAGAGGGUUUUGUAUUUUGUUUACGGGCUUAGGAAAGCUGUUCAGAAUUGCCUUUGGCUGGGUCUUGUUUUGCUGGCAUGGCACUUUCUGUUUGAUGAAAAGGUUGAGAGAGAGACCAAGAGUGAUAAACUUAAAUAUGUCACCAAAGUCCUGGUGUGUUUGUUAGUGGGUACCUUAGUUUGGUUGGUGAAGACGCUGAUUGUUAAAGUUCUAGCCUCUUCUUUCCAUGUUAGUAAAUACUUUGAUCGGAUUCAGGAGUCUCUUUUCAAUCAGUAUGUAAUCGAAACGCUUUCGGGUCCGCCAUUGAUUGAGAUGAAGAGAACAGAGGAAGAGGAUGAGAGGCUUGUGGAUGAGGUUAGGAAGCUACAGAAUGCUGGGGCUACUAUCCCUCCUGAUCUCAAGAAUGCUGCUUUCCCAACAGCCAAAAGUGGAAGGGUGAUUGGGAGUGGAGGUUUGCAGAAAAGUCCUAGAAGGAGCAAUAAAUUUUCUCAACCAUUGAGCAAGAAACAAGAUGAUGGGAUAACAAUUGAUCACUUGCACAAGCUGAAUCCUAAGAAUGUGUCUGCUUGGAAUAUGAAGAGGCUAAUGAAUAUAGUUCGUCAUGGUUCUCUCACUACACUGGAUGAGCAGAUUCAGGAUUCCACCCGUGAUGAUGAGAAAGCAACCCAGAUCAAAAGUGAAGUUGAGGCAAAGGCUGCAGCUAAAAAGAUAUUUCAGAAUGUGGCUAGGCAUGGGUCAAAGCAUAUUUACCUACGAGAUUUAACACGUUUUUUGCGAGAUGACGAGGCUUUGAAGACCAUGAGUCUCUUUGAAGGGGCAUCUGAGAGUGGAAAAAUCAGCAAAACUUCCUUGAAGAACUGGGUGGUCAAUGCCUUUAGGGAGCGAAGAGCGCUUGCCUUGACGCUGAAUGACACAAAAACUGCUGUCAACAAACUCCAUCAUAUGGUUAAAAUAAUAAUUAUUUUCGUUAUAGGAGUUAUAUGGCUUCUCAUACUGGGAAUUGCAACCACCAAAUUUCUACUGUUUGUCAGUUCCCAGCUAGUCCUUGUGGCAUUUAUUUUUGGAAACACAUGCAAGACAGUAUUUGAAGCAAUCAUUUUCUUAUUUGUGGUUCAUCCUUUUGACGUGGGAGAUCGGUGUGAAAUCGAUGGAGUUCAGAUGGUUGUAGAAGAAAUGAACAUCUUGACUACAGUUUUUCUGAGGUAUGACAAUACGAAGAUUGUAUUCCCAAACAGUGUUCUUUCAACUAAACCCAUCAACAACUACUACCGUAGUCCCGACAUGGGAGAUGCUGUUGAAUUCUGCAUCCAUGUAUCUACUCCAGCAGAGAAAAUUGCUGCCAUUAAGCACAGAAUAACCAGUUAUAUCGAGAACAAGAAGGAGCAUUGGUGUACUCAACCGAUGAUUGUUAUGAAGGAUGUGGAAGAGCUGAAUAGGGUCAGAUUUGCAGUGUGGCUAAACCAUAAAAUGAAUUUCCAAGAUAUUGGAGAAAGGUGGAUGAGAAGGUCCCUUUUGGUUGAAGAAAUGAUAAAGAUUUUCCGGGAGCUUGAUCUUCAAUACCGCCUCUUCCCUCUUGACAUUAACAUAUGUUCCAUGCCUCCUGUGACCUCUACACGAGUCCCCACUAAUUGGACCGCAACGACAAGCUGAAGUAAGAAACACCAGAAGUGAAAAUCUUAAUUGUCUGAUCUCAAUGGGAAGCACAUAUUCAUUCUCUGGGCAGUUUCGGCCCUGCAUAGAUUUGUCCAUAAGAGUAGGAUGCUGUAGAAAGUGAAGAGCAUGAUUUUCUGUCCCAUUUUUUUUUUUUUAAGUUGAAAAAUAUACAAUAUGUAUUAUUAUUGUGUUUUAAAAUAACAUUGGUUAAUCAUUGUCCAAACCUCUCUCUUUACCUGCUGUAACUUGAGAUCUGGUUCCAUUUAUAAUUGGGGUUUAAUCACAAUUUAAUACAUGUAAUAAAAUUACACUUCA